UACUCACUUUCCUUUCUCCACAUAAAUCCUGCAUCCUUUCUCCACAUAUAUGCUUUACUCACUCAAGAUAUUCAUCAAAGUCACAAGAAGAUGAGUUGCAACGGUUGCCGUGUCCUCCGAAAGGGUUGCAGCGGCGAUGACUGUAUGCUACGACAUUGCCUUCGGUGGAUAGAAAGCCCCCAAGCCCAAGCUAACGCCACCGUGUUCGUCGCCAAGUUCUUCGGCCGCGCCACCCUCAUGUCUUUCCUUUCCUCUGUACCCACUAACCAAAGAUCCGCUUUGUUUGAGUCUCUUCUAUAUGAAGCUGUGGGGCGUGCAUUAAAUCCAGUGAGCGGAGCAGUGGGGUUGCUGUGGAGUGGGAACUGGCAGCUCUGCCAAUCGGGUGUGGAGAAAGUGCUCCAAGGUGGUGGCGCGUUGACUCCACUUCCUCAGUUCUCAGGUGUGGAUCAUGAGAGCAGUGAAGGCUUUGAAUCAUUUAUUGCAGGUUCUUCUCCUUCAAGGAAGCUGAAGAUUAAUCAUGAAGCAGAAUCAUCAGGUUUGGUGGUUGGCGGCGGCGGAGGAAGGUGUCACCAAGCGAAGAAACAACGUGUGAGGACACCGUCUGAGGAAUCUGAAGGGUCGACGUUGGGAAACAGAGGAGAAGAUUGUGGUUCUGACAGUGAAAGGAAACUCCUUCCUCUGUUUUUCUGAUGCCUUCUUGUUUUGUUUAUCAAUAUUAUCCAAUGAUCAUCAAUUAAAUAUAUUUUACGUUGGUCAAUAUUCUUGACUAGCUAUCAUAUGAUUCAUAUCCAAA